GCAGUUCGCAACAGCGGGUAGAACAAACGGUCCAAUAACAGUUUAACAACAACGCACUAGGGCAAACAGCACUUGCUGCAAGCAAGCAAGCAGAAGUGCAGGCCGAGAGCGCAAAUUGGGAGCAUCAAGGCAAAGUAGCUGAAGUAAAGUGCUUCUGAAAAAAUUAAGUUAUAAAGUUAAACAAAGUGCGAAAUAAAAUAAAAUAGUUACGUGUUAGUGGUGUAAACAACGGGCUUGUUGUCAAAUAAAGACAAUAACAAUAACAAAGGUGGUGCAAAAUUAAAAUACGGCAAAUUUAACUCCAGAUACAGACAAUAUUUUGUGGCUUCGACAGAAAAAAAGUCGCGAAAAUCUACAAAGCCACAUAUUUGAAAUGCACAGAAUAGUUUUAGGUAGCGUUUGAGAAGUAGAAAGCGUUGCCACUUAGUAAGCGCUGGAGCUUACAAACACCUCUGGCGUGAAACCUUUUUCUUAUGCUUAGCGGUUGUGUGUGUGUAUUUGAUGGUUUUGUAAACGCACUACUUUCGCAAGUAAAUAUUUGAAAGGCAACGUAAACAUUACGGACAGCAGAAUCAUUGUUAACGCAACUAUUGUGGCGACAGCGGCAGCGGCAGCACAGCCAGCCACACCAUAAGCAGCAGGAAAGGCGCCUACAACCACAACGCAGGCAACAACGACGGCAGCGACGAUAACAACCGACGCUUAAAAAUGUCAACACUUCCGUUUUUGUUGAGCGUCGCCGAUGAGCUCGAUAACCUCAACUCACAGUCGUACAUGGACGACUUCGGGCUGGGCUUCCAUCCGCAUCGCCAAUACUAUCGCACGCCCACCAUACAAUUGUCCUUGCCCGCCAGCACCGACUGGAUGGAGCACGAGCGUUCGCAACGCUGUCGCUCACACAAAUUCGUCUUCGAAACACAAAACAAUCUAACCGCCACAGCGGAGGGCGACGAAACGGACGCCACCGAUGAGGCUGGCAAUGGCGGUGGACGCAGUGGUGCUGGUGGUGCGAUGGAUGCUGGCGCCGGUGGUAUGGGCACAGAUAAUGCGUACACCGAGCGCUAUGGCAGCGGCGCAAGCACUUCGGCCGCCAGUCGCCAAAAGUAUACGUCGCUGCUGAAUUCCAAUGAUGAAGAUGGCAAUGGUAAGGGCGGUAGCGUUGGUAAGCGCAAUGAAGCUGACAGCAUCGACAAUACGGUGCAAAUGUAUAAUUUGUCGAAGAAGUGUUGCAAGAAUUACUAUCGACGUGGUGACGAACCGACAUCCGGCGCCUUGGCGGCCAAAGGGAAAUCCGCUGACGGCGGCUAUCGUUUGCAUGCCAAGUGCAUGGAGGGCGCCAACUCGUCGUCGGACGAGAGUUUGCAGAAGCCCACAUCAUCCAUUGAGUUUUUGACGUGCUUCCUGGUGAAAAAGUCGCGCACACCCAAAGGUGCGGGCAUCAGCGGCGGCAGCGGUAGCGGCAAGAAAUCAUCGUAGGACACGGUUUCGAAGCGUCGCAGUCAUUGUUUCUGAAUGUGUUGUUGGGGGGUGGAGGAUGUGCAGGAGGGCGCUGUGGAGAGACGCAGUUGCGGGGCUUGGUUGGGUUGUUGGCGCAGCACUUGCUGCGGUGAGCUUGAAAGUCAAUGAAGUAAUGGCAGCUGAGGUCAGGUGAAGGCGAGGCGAAUGUGGCGAGAUUGACGAUUGGCGUUAGACGACUGCCGAUUUACGCAGUCAGGCGGUUGUAAUGCAGCAGAACAACAAUACAUAGCGGCAACAACAAGCUGCUGUACUUUCACACUUUGUUUGGCAAUGAGUUGGCGAAGCUGUCAAGGGUAAACUGCAAGGACUUCGAGUUGCUGGCGCGCCUUGUGGGAUUAUUGCAACAAAGCGUUGUUGCCGCUCUUGUUGGCGUAGGAAAUGCGUAGUAACAAAGUGCAAAAAAGCGAUUUCCAUACAUUUGUAAUGAAAGUGUAACAUGCAGACGCAAGUAUUUAUAAAAUUGCAAGCCAUACAUACGUAUAAGCCUGUACUUGACACACAUACAGACAAAUGUAUACUCCCAUAUAGUAAAUAAAAAAUGAAAAUAAAACUAGCUGUAAGUGCAAUUAUUAAAAAACAAAUGAAAUUAUGUUAAAUCAAAAAAUGAACCAAACAUAAACAUAACAGUAACUAUAACGGCAAUGCAUGUUAAGUGAAUGUGGAAGCAAAAUAUUCAAUUGGUGCCUAAAUGUUAGUUUCGUAGUGUAGAAAAAAUCCAUAUUGGCAGCAGCAAAUUAACAGUUAGCCAUUGGCUCAGCGGUUUUUUCGUAAGUCUCGUAAAUUUCAAGAUUUCAAGCCGCAAAUGCUUAGCGUAUAUAUUUGUAAGAGUUCUUAGUGGCAGUAACUCUGAAGAAUGUUUGCAAAAGACAUCCGUUGCAUAUUUUCAGUUAUAUCUAAUGCGUGUGUUAUCGGUGAGGCGGUGUUUUGGUGAACUAUGACACAAAUUUUUGAAAUACAAUUUGGUGGCGUUUAAACUUUGUUUUCUUCUUUUUCGUUUUUUCUUUAAUAAAUAUAUUUUCAAUGAAGUUUUGUGCGUACCAAACCAUGAACAGUUGAAAGUUUGAAGAGCUCUUAUACAUUGUGCAAUAGAACGCAAAAUAUUCAAUUCUUCAUCAAUAUUUUUUUGUCGCCUUCAAAGUAACCUCCACCAAAUGUAAUACUACACUUAUUCCAACUAUUAUUCGGGAUUGCCUUAAGCUCCUUUAGUGAAUUUUGUUUUAUCUCUUCGAUCGACUGAAUUCCAUUGCGAUGAUUAAGUCAACAGUCAUGUGAAACUCUUAAUUUCGGAAUUCGCACAAUAAAGCAUGUCCACAGAGAGCAGUUAACGGUAUCCUUUUUGAAAAAAGUUCAGCUUUAUCAGGAUUUCAUACCCAGAAUAUGCACCAAAAUCAUUCGAACGGACUCGUGAGAGAUGUCGAGCUCUCUUGACAUCUCUCUAACACUUGUCUGACGAUUCUAACGCACGAUAUUCUUCGCGUGUUUAAUAUAUUCAUCAGUUGACGAGGUCGAAGGCCGUCUGGAAUGACGCAAGUCUUCAAUGAUCUCUCGACCGACUUAAGCAGCUGCCGUAAAGAAGGACAGUCCUAACAACUUAGCAAACUACAAGUUUUUUUAAAUAUCAUUUACCCGAGGAAUUUAAUUACUAUUUCCGGGUGCCUUUUUUGUCAUGUAAGCUAGUUUUUGGUUUAAUGUGUUUAGUUGUCUGGGAGAAUAAUAAAGCAGCCAAUCCGUAAUAAUUUGUCCAAUGCUUGUUGGAGCAAUAACUUGUCGCCCUGGUUACGAGAUCCCUAGUGAAGUUUUCAAAUUAUCUUCCGGCUUUUAAUUCGUAUUAUUCUUAAGAAGGCUAGCCUUCCUAUUUUAUAGGUCGUAGCAUCUCUUUCAACCAUUACGCCUCCCCAUGUUGCUUUACAGUUUAGGAUAUACUAAGUAUGUUCUUUGAGGAUGGCUGGGCUAUCCGUAGCGUCAAUACUAAGUCUCAUAUUUUUACGUUAUGCAAGCAGACAAUAAUAGCAGGUAAAUCGGUUAAUAUAAACUGUGUACACCGUCAUAUAGGAAAAUAAGGAAAUUAGAAGCGUUAUGUUGAAGAAAUGGCUCCCAAAGGAAAGAGAACUCAAUAACAUUUUGGAGUUUCAUCUUAGGGCACAUAUCCUUAAGUUCCAACCUUCGGAAAAUGGAAAAAGUCGCAGAACAUGCGCGGAAGAUAAUGAAACGCUGUAACAAUAUCCAGCAAAUCCACUGAGUUGCAGGAUAAGGCUUAAUUUGGUUACCAUCCCAGUGUACAAUGGGCCUGUUGAUGGCCUAAAUGCGGCCGUUUGGCGUUUGUUUGAAAAGGAACAAAUCAAACCAUGCUCAUUGGAUAAAGCCCUUCGUUAGUUUUUUCAAAACUUUUUAUCUUUCAGUGCUGCCAUAAAUUUGGUAAAUAAAAUACUUCUUUUUUAAAUCCUUUCUUUAUUUUCCUUAGAGAAUUCUAAGGCAAAAUUUCCAGUUUCAAUAAUAAGUGACUUGUAUGAGUUCAGCCUCUCGUUAUUAGAAAGAUUUUCUUUUGUAAUGUACUUCAUGCUGAUAAGUCCAUGAGAGAGUUUUUUCGACCAUCCAAACUGAUCGAUCGGAGUCGGCGAGAUAUCUCGCCGAUGUUUGGUAUGAUGCAAUCUACGAAAAUUGUUCAAAUCGAAUCACUUUAGCAUAUACUUAUGUAGCUACCAUACAAACUGUUUAAAAGUAUAUUAGCUGGAUAACCUGAUAUUUCUAUAUGGAAUAAAUAUUGUUCUAAAUUUAAA